AUGGCCAACAUCUCUCAAGACCACACAUCGCACCAGUCCAGUGCCUCAACCAGCAAAGAACCCAAGACAUAUACUACCACCCAUCGUACCUGGCCACAGCUACACAUAGGCCACACCUCUGAAUCAAACACCAGCUCUUACACGAACGCUCACCCCCAAGCCCACCACCAAACCCAAGCCUCUAACCCAGCCUCCCAGCCUUCAAGCACUAGCUCCAACCACUACAAUCACACCAGCACCAGCACCAACACCCACAGCAACCCCAACCUUCACAACCCUCUAUCCCGCUGGCUCAACGAGUCUCAACAACAAAGUCCCUACGACACCAUCUACCAGGUCGAAUAUGCACCCGCUGGACACUACCAGGCUGUGCAAGGAGGCGAGAAGAUGGAGAGGGGAAAUGGUGGCAAUGAGAGGAGUGCUGAGGAGAAUUGGAGUAUGGAGGGGGAUGUGGAUGGGCAGUCUGAGAAGUGGGUUUGA